UGACAAGAGAGUAAGGACAUUUGGGAAGCAGGGCUCUGGGUGAAGUUUUUUUUUUUGUGUGUGUGUCCAAGUCCAGUCUUUAUAAAUGUUAAUUUUUCUACACGCGCGCGACUCGUGGGUUCCGCCAGUAUAAAUGCGCGAGGAUUGGUCCAAGUUGUAAAGGGCGAGGACACAAGCACGGCUUUCCCUGUCACUCCUCACUCCGACCUUUACGUCUGGCAGUUUCCGAGUUAGUUCCCUGAGAGAGUGUCCGUGAAUAUGCAACAAGAAACGGGAAAACCUCAGCGGAUUUCUUCUUUUUCCAUCGCCGACAUCCUAGAUCCCUCGAAAUUCACAGGAAGGCAUCGGGAUGCGCAAAGUGACAAACUUUCCGACUACACAAACAAGAGAAUCUGCGAUGAAUUAUCCGGUGAUGAAAGUGCUGAAGGCUCAGAUGAAGUUUCAGCAGGCACAGAAACGAAGGAAGGCCCUCGCAUCGGCGGUAAAGCUAAAGUCAAGGGUCGGCGCAUGCGCACAGCGUUCACUCUGGACCAACUGCAUGUGCUCGAGCGCAGCUUCCAGAGCAGCCACUAUUUGUCGGUGUUUGAGCGCCACGUCAUCGCCAAGGCUCUGGAGCUGUCCGAGACACAGGUCAAGAUCUGGUUUCAGAACAGGCGCACCAAGUGGAAGAAGGAGCAAGAGGGACGAGAGCUGGAGGAGCUGUACCAGUGCGCCACGUUAGCACCGGUGGUUGUACCGACCACACUGGCACUCGGUGGUGCCUCCUGCAACAGGUCGAGUCCAGUGCACUUCUACUCGGCACGGAACCUUCUGAGCGCUUAUCCUGCACUUACACUGCUUUGAAACCAGAUUUGACUCUCAACCAACUUUCCUUUUCAGCGACUCUUUGAAUGGAUUUUUUUUCUUUUUGAAAAGACUGAAUUCGGAUUAUGUAUUCCAUUGUUCGCCGUGGUCUGGGCUAACAGGUGUAUUAUUAGCAGUUAGCAUUCAAACUAGUCUUAGCUGGGCUAGCUAAUAUUACACAAAUGGGAGCUAGAACACAGAAUAUAGGCAAGUAGUACAUUAGUAAUUUUUUUAAAUUUACAAUUUAUUUUAGGUCUCACUGAAACCAAACAUCUCCAUAACCCCUCAAACAUAUGGCAUGUUCCAUAAAGCAUUUUCUUCAGGUAAUAUUUUGAUAAAAAAAUAGCACAAUUUAUUUUGCUCUGAAUUUCAAUUAUUUGAUAUAGGACCUAUCAAAAGUGUUAUGGCAACGAUUUAUUCACAAAUGUGGUUGUUGAUAAAACCUGAUCUUCCAAAACGACUCGCGAUGUCCCACAUCACUUGAAUUUACCUGAAGUUUGGGAUGAUGCUCUGUGUGCUAAAUUGAACAUUUGCGUAGUUUUGAUUUCCUUAGAAACAAAUCAGUAAAUAAGUCGUAACGCCAUGGGUAGUUUACUGAACGUGGAAAACAAAUUGACGAGCCUGAUCAAGGAAGGUUGCAUAAGGUCAUUUCUUUUCAACUUUACAGGAAGUUAAUAUCAUUAAUCUGUGUAUUUAAAUGUCAUGAAAUAUUUAUGAGUUUAAUUUGCAUAUUUAUGUCAUGUUUUUAAUUAUGUUGAAAUAUUUUGCAAGGGAGUUUGUGCAUUUUAUUUCUUAAAAAA